AUGGAGGCUAUAAAAGUGUGGUCCACCACUUCGAACAGUCCACAUUUGAAGAAAAUGCCGGAAACGUUGCGGAUUUGUCUUGUGCUGCCCUUGUUAAUCGUUAUAAGUCUAAGGACGAUUAGCUGCCACCAGGUGGGAAAAUGUAAUCUGGCCCGUCGGCUUUACCGAUAUGGCGUGCCCUACAAUGAACUCUCGGAUUGGAUUUGUCUCGUUGAGGGUGAGAGUUCAUUCAAUACAAAGGCUAUUAAUCCUUCCAAUGUGGAUGGUUCCGUGGACUGGGGAUUGUUCCAAAUCAAUGACCGCUACUGGUGCAAACCUUCAGAUGGACGACCCUCAACGGAUUUGUGUCGCCUGCCUUGCCGAUUAUUACUCAGCGAUGAUAUAAGGUAUUCUAUAGCCUGUGCUAAGUAUAUAAGGCAACAGCAAGGAUUCAGCGCCUGGGUUGCAUGGAAUAAUCGCUGUCAAGGUGUCAAGCCGAAUGUAAAUCAUUGUUUUAAACGAAGGGCCAGAUAUACUUUUGGUUAAACCUUAAGGAUAAUUUAAAAUAAUUUUUACU